CAGGAAGCAGCGCGGGGGAAAGAUGGCGAGAGCUGCGGUUUGAAUUCCAGCGGCGGCCCCACAGUCUGAACGCGAGCCGGAUUGGAGUGGGCGGGGACCUAGAAAGCCGGGCGGGUCGCAACAGCCGGGCGGGGGAAACCAGUGGCGCUGCCUCUACCGACACUGUUGCCACCACUGCCUUUGUGUCCGUGAUGGACUCCGUGUUGGAAGAAGACGUCACUGUCCCCGGGACGUUCAGUGGCUGCAGUGGUCUUGUUCCUCCUCUACCAGAUGACCCGGAUGGCAUCAGCAGCAUUGCCAAUUUGGGAAAUGCAAUCCUCCCCACUGCAUCAGAAGAAAAGUUGUCGCCUACCAGAGCACGGAACAUGAAGGACUUUGAAAAUCAAAUCACUGAGCUGAAGAAAGAAAACUUUAACCUAAAGCUCCGCAUCUAUUUCCUUGAGGAAAGAAUGCAACAGGAAUUUGAUGGCCCCACUGAACACAUCUAUAAAACUAACAUUGAGCUCAAGGUGGAAGUAGAAAGUCUGAAGAGGGAGCUCCAUGAGAAAGAGCAGCUGCUUAUCAAAGCCUCCAAAGCUGUUGAGAGCCUGGCUGAAGGGGGCGGCUCUGAGCUUCAGCAGGUGAAAGAAGACGCUCGGAAGAGGGUGCAGCAGGUGGAAGAGCGCCUGACCGAAAGGAUCCUCAUCCUGGAAGGGGAUGUGAAAGCCGCUCAAGCAGAACUGGAAAAGGCCUUUGCAGGGGCAGAAACAGAGAAGGCUCUUCGGCUGAGCUUGGAAAGCAAGCUUUCAGAAAUGAAGAAGAUGCACAUAGGCGACUUGGAUGCAGCUCUGGUCUUGGAAGAGAAAGACAGACUGAUUGAGGAGUUGAAGUUGUCUUUGAAGAGCAAAGACACUUUAAUUCAGUGCCUUAAAGAGCAGAAAUCUCAGAUGGCAUCUCCUGAUGAGAAUGUGUCAUCUGGAGAGCACCGAAGACUUUCUGCUGCUUGGAGGGAAGAAAACGAGACAGACGCUGAGGGGCUGUUCUGGAUGCUCAGGAGAGGUCUAGAUUUCCCUGUGAAAGAGGUUGCACAAAUGGAGCGUCAGAAGGAGAAAAGAGAGUUUGAAGAGAAGAUCCAGGCACUUCAGGAGGACCUGAGAGAGAAGGAAAAAGAAAUUGCUACAGAGAAGAAAAAUAGUUUAAAGAGGGAUAAAGCCAUUCAGGGCCUAACCAUGGCAUUAAAAUCAAAGGAAAAAGAGGUUCAGGAACUUAACUCUGAGAUCGAGGAGCUCAGCACCGCCCUGGCUAAAGCCAGAGAGGCCCCGCAGAAAACACAGACUCCAAGAGUCCAUGGGUCUGAAGACUAUGAGGCUGCUCUGACAGAGAAGGAAGCCCUUCUGGCUGAGCUGCACUCAGAAAACCUCACCAAGAGUUCCGAGAACCACAGACUGCAGAGGAACAUUAAGAAGGUCACCCAGGAGCUGAGCGAUCUGCAGCAGGAGAAGGAGAGGCUGGAGAGGGACCUGGAGAAAGCCCACCGGGAGGGGAGCAGAGGAGCCCGCACCAUUCAUGACCUAAGAAAUGAAGUUGAAAAAUUACGCAAUGAAGUAAAUGAACGAGAGAAAGCAAUGGAGAAUUGUUAUAAGAAUCUUUUGAGUGAAAGCAAUAAAAAAUUGCAUAAUCAAGAACAAGUGAUCAAACAUCUGACAGAAAGUGCCAGUCAGAAAGACUUGUUACUUGAGAAAUUCAAUGAAAAAGAUUUGGAAGCAAUACAGCGGAACCGUUAUUUAAUGUCUGCAGAGGAUCUUGAGUUCAGGAAUGAAAGCUUAAUAACAGAAAAGCGCUCUUCUCAGCAGUCACCAGGCAGCAAACUCAUCUUCUUGGAGGAAAAGCAGCAGGCAGACUAUGAGGAGCUAAUGCAGGUCUUAAAGAAGGAGCGGGACAUCUAUUCCCAGCUGGUGAAGUCUCUGCAGAACUCAGACAGCAUCGACAGUCUGCAUGCUGAGUUAAAUGCCAUUUUUGCCCUACGGAAGCAGCUGGAGCGGGAUGUGCUCUCCUAUCGGAAUUUACAGAAGGUUCUGGAGGAGCAGAUCAGUGAAAUCCGGAGGCGGGAAGAAGAACCAUUUUCAUUUUAUAGUGAUCAAACAUCUUAUCUAAGUAUUUGCCUUGACGAGCACAAUCGGUUUCAAGUGGAGCAUUUUUCUCAAGAAGAACUUAAGAAAAAGGUCAGCGACCUCAUACAGCUUGUUAAGGAACUGUACACAGACAACCAGCACUUGAAGAAAACCAUUUUUGAUCUUUCCUGUAUGAGUUUCCAGGAAAAUGAGGGAGCCGAGUCAACAGAACAAAGAGAGCUUCUGCCUAGCAAGGAGGACAAGGACUCUAUCAAAGAUGAAGAGGAUGAUGAGAAUAAUUUCCAAAGUGACAAGCAUUUGGAGCCAAGUAAUGAGAUUAUGGAAGAUUGUGCCAAAGGAAGCUGUAAAAAUGGAUAUUCAAGGCACACGGAUUCCAAUAUUUUAGUGUAUGAUGGAGCUAAUAAGGCCGGCUUCCCUGGAGACCAGAAUCUAGAGGGUGUCAAGCUCUUGGGCCUACUUGGCCCUCUCUUCAAUGAGAGAGCCAUGCUGUCACUGGAAUCCAGGCCAGACCUUCUGAAAGCACUACAUGAACUGCUUCUGGAACAAAUAUGCUUAGCAGAGCAGGGAGUUCCUGAAGAACACCUUGAUGGUCAAACUGAGAAGACACUUAAGAAAAUGGCCAUUCAGCUGAGAGAUGAACUUGGACAUUUGGUCCAAGCCAACUCAUUCACCAGGCCCCAUGGUGAACUGAAGUCAGUGGAAGCCCAGCCAAUAAAUAUGAGUGAAGUGGCCAAGGUGGAGCUGAAAAAUGCCUCAGUGCAGACUGUGCCUGUGGAAAGCUACCUGCUCAAGCUACCCGAAUGUGAUGGAAAGAGAGAAGCUUGGGAAGAGAAGCCAACAGAUGCCAUGUUUGGUGCCGAGCCAGGGAACGAAUGCAGGAUGCCAGAACAGCAGGCCACUCCCUUUCCUUGCCCCAGUGUGGCCAACAAAGACGUUAAGAGGUCCCGCUUGCCAAUCCCAGAAAAGUUGUCCCGGUCAUUAGGAAACACGUAUCAUCUUCCUGCUACCCAGGAGGUGGUAGCUCAUCUACAGAGUCAAAUCCUGGAGUUGCAGGGGGAGCUGAAGGAGUUUAAAACUCAAAAUAAGCAACUUCGCCAAAAGUUAAUACUGACUGAGGCGUUGAUGAAUGAGAUGCCAGCACCUGACCAAACGCUACUGAAUGUGCCUACAGCUCAGUGUCUCGUGGGAGCAGCUUACCAGGACAGCCCAGGAGAGCAGAGUGGAACUGAAGCAACACCUUCUGCCCAAAGAGACAAAGAAAGCAACAGUGACCAGCAAGCAAGCUACAUGACUGACUCUAAAGUUUUCCCAGCUGAUAACCUUGCCAUAUUACCGGCAUGCAGAGAGAAUCCUGAAGAUUUGCUGGACUCAACUUCAGUAUCUACUAACUUGAGUUCCAAGAGUCCGCUUUCUGUUAGAGACAAUGUGAUUUGGACUGAAGAACCUGAGAACAUUAACACCUCAAAUGAUAUAGAAUGCUUACAACAGAAAAUCCAUGACUUGGAAACUCAGCUGGACACCUACCAGAAAUUUGUAUCUCAGCUUCACAAGCACUCUCAGUGCAGUGAGGCCAUUAUUACAGUUAUGUGUGGGACAGAAGGGGCCCAGGAUGGUUCGAACAAGCCCAAAAGUAGCACUGAUGAGGAAGAAAGGCCCUUUUCAAGUUUGCACCAAGUACGGUAUGUGAAACAUAUGCAAAUCCUCCAUCCAUUGUCCCCGGAAAUGAUUGAUGGCAAGGUGCUGGAAAGCCUCAAACAGCAGCUGGUGGAACAGGAGCAUGAACUGCAGAAGGAGCAGAAUUUGAACCUGGAACUCUUCAGUGAAAUCCACAACCUGCAGAAUAAGUUCAGAGAUCUCUCACCUUCAAGAUAUGAUUCAUUGGUUCAGUCCCAAGCCAGGGAGCUCUCCCUUCACCGGCAACAGAUUAAGGAUGGCCAUGGCCUCUGUGUCAUUUACCGUCAACACAUGGACACCAUGAUUACGGCAUUUGCAGAGCUGCUGCUGGCCAGUGAUGUGGAUGACUGUGUGGCUGCAGGUUUCCAGGAGCAGCUGAGUCAGUGUGCAGAGCUGUUGGAGAGGUUGGAGAAGCUGUUCCUCCGUGGAAAGUCAGCGGGAGUGGAACUGAAUCUCCAGAAUGAACCAGUAGAGAGGACUGAAGACAACUUAACCUACCAACAUAUUCUUCCUGAAUCUCCUGAGCCUUCUGCCUCUCACAUGUCUGAUUAUGAAAUGUCCGAGAAGUCCUCCCUUUCACGAGACCAGAAGCAAGACAGUGAGACUGAGAAGGUGGUGAGCCAUUUUUCUCAAGAUUUGCUAAUGGAACACAUUCAGGAAAUUCGAACUUUAAGAAAACGUUUAGAAGAAUCUAUUAAAACAAAUGAGAAGCUACGGAAACAGCUAGAAAGGCAAGGGUCCGAAUUCGAUCAAGGUUCUACAAACGUUUUUGCAUAUGGUUCAGAACUGCACAGUUCAUUGACGUCAGAAAUACAUUUCCUGAGGAAGCAGAACCAGGAGCUCAACACAAUGCUAGUGAAGGGGUCUCAAGAUAAACAAGAGGAGAAUGAAAAAUUGCGAGAGUCCAUCUCCAGGAAGACUGCAAGUCUGGAGCACAUUCAGCGAGAGUAUGCCAGUGUGAAGGGGGAGAACGAGCGGCUGCAGAAGGAAGUCAGUGAGAGGGAGAGACACAACCAGCAGCUGCUCCAGGAGGUCCAUAGCAGCCGCCAGGAGCUGAGCAGAGUGCAGGAGGAGGUGAAACUGAAGCAGCAGCUGCUGUCACAGAACGACAAGCUGCUCCAGUCCCUCCGGGUGGAGCUGAAGAUGUAUGAGAGGCUGGAUAAGGAGCACAAGAGCCGACAGCAAGAGGCCAGAGCAGAGGCGUUGGGAGCUGGCUGGAAGGGGCAGGAUCCUGGCAGUGACCUGCACAGCCUCCUGACAGAGAUCCAGGCUUUACGGGCACAGCUGGAAAGGAGCAUCGAAACCAACAGCACCCUGCGGAGCAAGCUGGAAGAGCAGCUGGCACAAGGGGCCAGGAAGGCACAGGAAGGAACCCUCCCGCUGCCUGCCCAAGCCCUGUCCGUUCCCGAGUGGCCCCUUAAUCUAGACAAACAUGAUGGUGACAAAUAUUCCAUGGCAAAUGACAAUUUGUUUGAUCUGUUUGAUUCUCCCCAAACACUAACACCAAAUUCAGCUUCAGAAAUUCCACCCCUCUCUGGAAAUGACGUGGACUCCCUCUCCUGUGAUAGUAGCAUCUCUGCAACCACCACCUCAUGCAUGCCCCGCUUGGUUACUGGCCACAGCAAGAGUGGCCGCCAUGUCCUAGGCCUGUUUGAGGACUAUGAUGCCCUAUGGAAACAGAUCUGCCAGGGCCAGAGGCUCCUUGCUGAGAUUGACAUUCAAACCCACGAGGCUCCCAGCCCAAGUCAGGAGCUGGGGACAAAGGGUCCGGAGUCGGCGUCUCUGAGCAAGUUUGUCUCCAGCUUGAGCAUGGCCAGGCAGAUCCUGGAAGAGGCCUCAAGGUCCAUGAAGUUGCUCUGGAGAGCCUCCCUCCCAACAGAGGGCCAGUGCCCGUUCCGUUGUGGCCAGAUAGGAGAAAUGAAAGCAGAGAUCACUAAACUACAUAAAAAACUGUUUGAACAAGAGAAGAAGUUGGAAAACACUGUGAAGCUUUUGCAGCAGAGCAAGCACCAGGAAAAAGUCAUCUUUGACCAGUUGGUCAUCACCCACAAAGUCCUGCGGAAGGCCCGAGGAAACCUGGAGGCCCGGGAGGGUCCACCUGGGGGCUUCCAGUCCCAGCAGACCAGGCUCCUGAGGACAACUGCCAGCCAAUAAAGCUUAUGGCUCCAA